UAAUCUUGUUCUGUUUCUUUUGCAGUGUCCAAGAUGAACUCUGCAGACUUUGUAGAGUUGUCUAAUGAUGACAAGAUUGGUGAGUCAAGUGGAACAGAUAGUAAAAAGGGGCUGGAUUCUGUUUUGGGAACAACUGAAUUGAAAGGGAAUACUAAGAGCAAGAAAGUUUAUCGGAAAUCCAAAACACAAUCUGCAAGACAAAAAUCUGAGGAGAGCAGAAGCUCAGUUGCGCAUAGUGUAAGCCGAAAUGACUCCAGUGUUUUAGAUCAAGGGUGUUCCACUGUUGAUGAGUCAGGCCCUUCUUCUGUUCCUUCUUUUUGUCCAGCUCCAAUUUGUCGGCAAUUCUGGAAAGCUGGGAACUACGACACAGGACAGGGUUAUAAAACCCAACUUAAAAAUGGGAAAAAUCAUUUACGUGUGCACCCCAUGUUCCUUCACUCAAAUGCCACCUCACAUAAGUGGGCAUUUGGUGCUAUAGCAGAGUUGCUUGACAAUGCUGUUGAUGAGAUUCAAAAUGGGGCUACUUUCGUUGUUAUAGACAAGACUACAAAUCCACGGGAUGGAAAUCCAGCCUUGCUCAUUCAAGAUGACGGUGGUGGAAUGGAUCCGGAAACUAUAAGGCGUUGUAUGAGCUUUGGAUUUUCAGAUAAGAAAAUGAAAUCCGCCAUUGGGCAAUAUGGAAAUGGGUUCAAGACAAGUUCUAUGAGACUUGGAGCAGAUGUUGUUGUGUGUACCCGUCACUUGAGAGAGAGGACACUGACUCAAAGCGUUGGACUCCUCUCUUACACAUUUUUAAGACAAACAGGUCAUGACAGAAUAGUAGUACCACUGGUGGAUUAUGAAUUCAAUGAAUCAACUACAAAAUUGGAACCCAUACUUUCUUAUGGAAAAGAACAUUUUUCAUCUAAUCUGUCUGUGCUACUGCAGUGGUCUCCAUAUCUGACAGAAGAAAUAAUGCUGAAGCAGUUUGAUGAUAUAGGGAAUCAUGGAACAAAGAUUGUAAUAUACAAUCUUUGGUUAAAUGACAAUGGGGAUAUGGAACUAGAUUUUGAUUUGGAUGCGGAGGAUAUUCGUGUUAUUGCAGACCCAAAGCUGCUUCAAACUGGUUGCCGUCCAAAUCAAGUUUCUGACCAGCAUAUUGCUAACCUUUACCAUUAUUCACUCCGUGUAUAUUCUUCCAUUUUGUACCUACGGGUACCUCAAAGCUUCAAAAUAGUUCUGCGGGGACGAGUUGUCGAACAUCAUAAUAUUGCCAAUGAUCUAAAAUUUCCUGAGUUUAUAUUGUAUAAGCCUCAUGGCGGGAACAUGGAGCAAAGAGGCGACUUCGACCAUCACUCUCGUCUUCGACUUCGACACAGAGAUCGACUUCGACCCUCGUCUUCGACUUCGACUUCGACCCAGAGAUCGACUUCGACUUUGACUUCGACCCAAAGAUCACCCUCGUCUUCGACUUCGACCCACGGCAUCGGGUACAACUUCUUCGCCUUCAGAGAGGCAGUUGUUACUACUAUAGGGUUUUUGAAGGAAGCUCCACGUGUAAAUAUACAUGGGUUCAAUGUCUACUAUAAGAACCGUCUUAUAUUGUAUCUUCUAUGGCAGCCAUUUUGGCGUGUAGUCAAGGAAACAACCAGCAGUCAUGGAAGAGGAAUUUAUUUUGUAGGUGUUCUUGAAGCAAAUUUUGUUGAGCCUACUCACAAUAAGCAAGAUUUUGAGAAGACUUCCCUUUUUCAAAAGCUUGAAGCCCGAUUAAAGGAGAUGACAUUGGAAUAUUGGAAUUUCCAUUGCGGAUUGAUUGGUUAUCAGCAAAUGAAAAAAUCUCCACCAGCACCCAAGCCUUCUCAGGAAACACGUUCAUUUAGGGCACAUAGUUUCAUUGAACAACCUGUGUUACUGAAUCACAGGUCCUCUGUAACUGACAAUGCGGGACCACUUUCUUCUGCAGUUGAAUCUUUUGAAGAUACGGUAGCCACUCCUUCAAAGAGGAAAGAACAAAAUCCUGCAGGGGAACUCGAACAUGUAAAAAGGCACACAGGAUCAAGGUCCUAUUCAACUGAUACCCAGCACAUUGGAGUAAAUCAGCCUACCCCUGAGCAUGAAAAUCAGUUGCAGGACGACGAGUUUACCAGCCUGAUGCAAGAAAAUGAAAAGCUCCAGACACAGUUAUUGGAAUUGGAGAGAAGCGAGGAAUGUCUUACUCAAAAGGUGCGACAACUUAGGAAAGAACUAGGUGACAUUCAGUCCGAGUACGCGAGACUGGUGGCUGAAUCGGAAUCAAUGAACAUAGUUAAGGAUGAGAAAACUAUAAAUGGAUAAUAUCUUUGGAUUUUAUUUUUUGUGGUAAAUAACCUGAUGUUUUUGUACAUUGUUAUCACAAAAUCUAUAUAUCAUUUUGGAGUACUAAAUAGUUGAGCACGUCAUAGUUUUGGUUUGGGAGUUUCUAAA